UAUACGUUUAAUUGUUCCGUUACACAUUUUUCAUCCAUUUUUCAUUCGUUAACUCAGAAAUUCCUCACUAUAGACUAACGUGAUUCUUUUUAAACGAGCUUUUGCUCGCUUUCUUAAGUAUAAUCCAUCCGUUUUUCUCUCUUCUUACUUUAAGUAUUGGGGAGCUUAUAUUCAGAAGCUCUCGAUGAAAAAUCGAUUCUGCGUGAUCAAAAGCUCCUCCUGAAUAUUUUGCAUUAAAGUUAUUCGAAUUAUAUGAUUUUACGUUAUGGGAUUAAGGAAGUAGAAAGGAUAAUAGAUCAUCUCGCUUAAAAGAUUUCUAUUCCGGCAUGAAUUCGCAUACCGUGAAAUUCGGUACUCGAAUUUAUUUUUACUUGAAGAGAUCAUAUUACAGCAGUAUGACAAAGGGUCCAUUUCGGUCGCCAUCGAUCUUACAGUGACGCGUUACUCUCAAACAAAGCCUGAGAUCGUAAAUACUGGGUGAAUUACGGGCUUGGAGGGACGUGACAUCUCUUUCAGUAUACUUCACCAUAUCGAGGCGGCAGUCAACGUAAUCGAAAAAAUAUGACCACAAUACCGUGCGCAUAUAUACCAUCCUUUAUAUCGUUUUUAUGAUAUCGACACAGCCAUCUCUUUGCUUCAUUAUGCGUUUCCGUGAAUUUUUCUAUAGCAUUUUGUGUUAUUUUUAUCUAUAUAGAACAUGUCAUGUAUUUUAUUCGAUAUUGGAUAACUUAAAAUAUUAGGAGUAUUUUAAAAUGUGUAUAUUCUGUUAUAGAGAAUGUUAUCGUUUAGUGAUUAAUUUGAUUAGAAUUUCACGUAAAAUUCGCUAAUUUCAUCAGCGAAAAAAUCCAAAUCGGCAAUUUUCCAGCUCGCAUGACAUGUAAAACGCAAUCGAUUCAAAUUACUCACGCGAGACAUCAACAUACAGUGUUUAUGUCUGCUCUAAAUGAAGACGCACCGGUAAGUGACGGAAAUAAUCGUGCUUACGUUAUGGAUUUAAGGGAAAUGUUUAUUCACGUCUCUGCGCGAGAUCGCCGCGCAUAAACUUGCGCCUUCCCGGAGGUAUAGGAAAUGGAUAUCGCUAUUUUAAAUUCUGAUUUUAGACGACAAUAUCUACAUGCGCCAUGAGACGAGAGAUGCGUUGAUCUUUACGAAAUGUCAUGACGUACGGAAGGCUGUGUAUACGAUUGAGAAAACUCGAUCCGGUUCUAUUUCCGGGUUUGUUUGAAGAACUAGUCUGAUCUUAUCGUCUUCUCGUGAAACAUGUGCGCUUCCACAUCAAAUACAUAUCAUCAGAAGUAAUGAAAUGCCAAGUUAAAGCUUUCCGACCGUCUUUUGGUAUACGUGACUCAUGAAAAAUGAAAGGGAAAUAUCAAAUAUAUGAUCCGAAAAUAUAUAAUAUUCAUAGAAAUUUUCCGAUAGCGCUAUAGUGUUCUCGAGCCAUUUUAAAGUUGCUAAGUUCAGCUUUAGACUCGAUCUCGUUUUUCACGAAUCAAAAAGUGAAUAUUCGCCCUCAGGUGCUUUUCUUCGCAAUAAAAAAAAAACGUAAAAUGCAUAUACAUUAUACAUGAUGCAAGAAACUAUAGGAGAAUAGAUUAGAAAAAUUAUUUCAAUUGACGAAUACGGAAUUUUGUUUCAUUCGAAAUCUCUGCUUCCAUUUUCUAUACUUUUAUUCUCUCUCUCUCCCUCUCUCUUUGUCUUUUGUAUCACACAAUUAAAUUUUCUAUAUAUUUUUGCUUAAAAACUCUGAUAGUUAUGUGCUAAUUUAAAUACGGAAAGCGUAGGAAAAUGCCGCUAUAAGGAUCGGAGCCAAUUCGUUUUCAUUUUAUGCUCCUAUAAUUAAUGAGCUACUACCAUUAAUGAGCUACCAUAUCGAUCGCAGAUGGCAUCGAGGCAGCGCGCAUUUCAGAUAAUUCGCGUGACAUAUGUGCGAGUUUGCGUAGUGCGUGUAUGUACGCGUGCCGGUUCCACUGAAAUAGCUAUAUCGGUAUAUCAGCCGGUAAAAUGACGUCAUGAAUACGCGAGGGAAUGAUAUCAGUUUCUUGACGGAGGCCACACUUUCAGUGAUUCUCGCGUCGUAAGAGAAGCAACAAGUGCUUUUCUGAGCUGAAUCAUUAAUUGUGCAUCGACACAUCUCGAUUGCAAUUCGAUAGUCGAAUCAUUGUAUGCUCGGUUUUGAUUACGUCUCGCGGUCACAAAGAGGUUAGGUAAUCCGAUUCGUGAUCGAGAACAUUUCCCUUCGUUCGUCGCUAUUAGUAGUGGUAAAAAAAAAGAUGGUGCAGUUACCAAAUGUGUCGGGCGUGAAGCUGAAGGAAGAGAUGAGGCAUCUUGUCAGAAAGCAGAGCACAAUAGAUGUCCAAUCUAUUAAAGUCAGUCUCAAAGACAUCGUUUGUUAUCUCUCUCUCCUGGAAGCCGGCAGACCGGAGGAUAAACUGGAAUGAGAUGGACUGCAUCGUAAACCAAAUGAUGAAUGUCGCGGAAUAUCUCGGUUGGGAUGUCACAGAGCUGAAACCGAUCCUGCAGGAUAUGAUGAUAGAGAUUGAUUACGAUGCAGAUGGUACAGUCUCAUUGGAAGAAUGGAAACGAGGCGGUCUUACGACAAUCCCUCUCUUGGUUCUUCUGGGUCUGGAUUCCCAUGUGAAAGAGGAUGGGAAUCAUCUGUGGAGAUUGAAGCAUUUUAGCAAACCGGCGUAUUGCAAUCUUUGUCUAAAUAUGCUGGUUGGUCUCGGCAAGAAAGGACUUUGUUGCGUCUUUUGUAAAUACACAGUACACGAGAGAUGCGUGCAAAGAGCGCCUGCCUCCUGUAUAGCCACUUAUGUCAAGAGCAAAAAGACGUCCCAAACAAUGGUUCAUCAUUGGGUCGAAGGUAAUUGCCACGGCAAAUGUUCCAAGUGCAGAAAGACGAUCAAAAGUUACAACGGCAUCACUGGUUUACACUGCAGAUGGUGCCAAUUAACCUUACAUAAUAGAUGCGCAUCGCAAGUACGAGCGGAAUGUACGCUCGGCGAGCAUGCGGUACACAUCCUUCCACCUACAGCGAUUUGUCCCGUUGUGUUGGAUAGACAAAGAUCGUUGUCAAGGGACAGCAAACGAGGUAGCAAACACGGUCAAGACACCUCAUCGGUCAGUUCCGGUGGUUUCCUAAGCUGCGGUAGUUCGUCUAAUCAACAACCAGCUAUGUCUUUUCAAAUUACACCACCGGAAGACAUAGUGCCACUCUUGGUAUUCAUAAAUCCAAAAUCGGGUGGUCGACAAGGAGAGCGAAUGCUACGAAAAUUUCAAUACAUUUUGAACCCUCGACAAGUCCAUAAUCUAGCGAUUGGUGGACCUAUGCAGGGUUUGCAAAUGUUCAAAGAUGUGGAGAAUUUUAAAGUGAUCUGUUGCGGCGGCGAUGGAACAGUCGGCUGGGUUUUAGAAACGAUGGAUCGUGUGCAAUUUGAAAACCAACCUGCCGUUGGCGUUAUACCUCUCGGCACGGGAAAUGAUCUUGCAAGAUGCUUACGCUGGGGUGGUGGUUACGAAGGAGAAGCAGUGCACAAAGUGCUUAAGAAAAUAGAAAAGGCGACGCAGGUGAUGAUGGAUCGCUGGCAAAUAGAAGUUUUGGAUCAAACGGAGGAGAAGAAACCGAAUCAAGACAGUAUACCGUACAAUAUCAUUAAUAAUUAUUUCUCAGUGGGCGUCGAUGCUGCCAUUUGCGUAAAGUUCCAUAUGGAGAGGGAGAAAAAUCCCGAGAAAUUUAAUAGCAGAAUGAAAAAUAAGCUAUGGUAUUUUGAAUACGCAACUACGGAGCAGUUUGCUGCUAGUUGCAAAAAUCUUCACGAGGAUCUCGAAAUAAUCUGCGACGGUACACCUCUAGAUUUGGCACACGGGCCAUCUUUGCAAGGAGUCGCAUUACUAAACAUUCCUUUCACUCACGGGGGUUCGAAUCUUUGGGGUGAACAUCACACGCGGCAUCGUCUUGGUAAACGAAAAAAGCGUCCGGACAAAGAACUUAGUACCAGUAGCUUCAAUUCUGUAGAUCUCACCGCCGCGAUUCAAGAUAUCGGGGACAAUCUCAUAGAAGUAAUCGGUUUGGAAAACUGCUUGCAUAUGGGUCAGGUGAAGACUGGAUUGCGACAUUCCGGUAGAAGACUAGCUCAAUGCAGCAGCGUCACCAUCAUUACAAGCAAACGAUUCCCCAUGCAGAUCGAUGGAGAACCUUGGAUGCAAGGUCCUUGUACGAUUCGCAUCACACAUAAAAAUCAAGUACCAAUGCUGAUGGCACCACCACCGGAUAAGAAUAAAGGCUUCUUCCGAUUUUUAAGGAGUAUCUUUCAGAUUUAGCGAAAGCAAACUUGUUUGCAAAGAUGUCGUCCUUUCAAUUAAGGGUCAAGUUACUUCGCGCAAGUCAUCAAUUGCUCGGCGAGAGCUUUCGUGUUUCCGAAUUCUGCUGCUUUUUACAUGUGUGCAGAUCGACUGGCGCACAUAUUUAUGCAAGAAAUGGGCAACACAGGCGAAUUGUGCGGUGUCGUGCAAACGAGAGUGGGAGUUGUAACAACCACUUCAAUUUAGUGCGUACGUGGAUAUUCUUUCAAGAUCUAUCGCCGAACAAUUAGCACUUUUAGCGUAAAAAGAAUGGACAAACAAAUGUAGACUGGAUUGCUCGACAUAUUUUCGCUUACGUGAUACGUGAUAUAUUCCUAAUUCUGGUUCUCCUUUGCACGAAUCCGUCCGUCAAUCUCACGAGUCACAUAUACCUUCCUCUCUUAACUCUAAGUUUUUUAUAAGGCUUAGUCAUAAACGCUUAGAUAUGAAUCAGAACCUAUUUAUUUAUUUAUUUAUUCAAUGUAUUUAUUUAUUUAUUUUUCGUAUUUUAUAAGUCAGAGCAAUAUAUCAUGAGCAUAUCAACGACCGAGUUGCGGUUGCGUAGCACGUUGUAAUGUGUGCGUUUGGUUGUUAACAUUUAUGAGAAAUCAUGAAUCUCACGAGUUACGGAAUUAAUAGAUAUCAUUUAAUCCACAUGCGAGUUAUAAGUCUCGAUAAUAAAUAUAUAACUUGCGUCUGUAUAUAUCAUAUUUAUUAUAUCUUUUUUAAUGAUUGUAAUUAUUAUUUUUCAUAGUCUCUUAUAUACUUCAAUUAUUUUUGCACUUUGUGCUUGCAAAAAAUUAUAAGUAAAUUUCUCGUAAAUCUAUUAAUAUAUGUUCUUUUAUUACGCAUACGAACGCCAGUAUUUUACACACUACUGGUGGCCCUAUACUGAUUUAAGUAAUGGAUGCUUCGAAGCAUUUUCCUUCUUCUCUGCUACAGUAACUCCGAUUAAAACUUUAUAUACUAAUAAUGAUCGCGCGAUUCUAUAUUAUUUCGUAAUAUUUCCGUAAAUGUUAAUAAAAGAAGUAGCUAAUAUAACCAUUAAAUGUACCGUUUAUUAAAUCAUAUGAAUUCUAUUUCCAUGCACUUGUUAAACGCAUUUUGUUAAUAUAUAAUAUAAUAUGAAAUUUGAGAUAUAUAUCAAUUUUGAAUCUAAUGUAGUAAAACGAAA